GCCGGAGUGGCGCCCCGCCGCGGGUGCGAGCGCGCAGGCGCCUUGUUGGAAUAGCUGCGGGCGUGAAUCCUAAUGUUCCGCGGGCUGCGGGGCUACUUCAUAGACAUAAAAGUCAGUAUUUAACUGGAAAGGAAGCAUCACUUAAAAUUCUCUCAAACUCCUAAUUCCAAAGAACUGAUAACAUUUCUCCAAUGAAGAAAAGAAGUGACUGACUGCGUGUUAAAAGUAUUCUGGCACUGUUCUGUUUUUUUUGCUUCGUAGAUUUGAAGAAAAAUUAUGGAGAAAUGGCACUUGAUGACAAUUGUGGUCUUAAUAGGACUAACAGUACGGUGGACAGUUUCUCUUAAUUCUUAUUCAGGUGCUGGAAAACCCCCUAUGUUUGGUGAUUAUGAAGCUCAGAGGCACUGGCAAGAAAUUACUUUUAAUUUACCGGUCAAACAAUGGUAUUUCAACAGCAGUGAUAACAAUUUACAGUAUUGGGGACUGGAUUAUCCACCUCUUACAGCCUAUCAUAGUCUUUUAUGUGCAUAUGUGGCAGAGUUUAUCAAUCCAGACUGGAUUGCCCUCCAUACAUCACAUGGAUAUGAAAGUCAGGCACAUAAGCUCUUCAUGCGGACCACAGUGCUAAUUGCUGACUUGCUGAUUUACAUACCAGCAGUGGUUUUAUACAGUUGUUGUUUAAAAGAAAUCUCAACUAAGAAAAAGUGUUUUUCUUUACAGAUUGCUAAUGUAUUAUGCAUAUUGCUGUAUCCAGGUCUUAUUCUUAUCGACUAUGGACAUUUUCAAUAUAAUUCCGUGAGUCUUGGCUUUGCUCUGUGGGGUGUUCUUGGAGUAUCUUGUGACUGGGACCUGCUGGGCUCAUUGGCAUUUUGCUUAGCUAUAAAUUAUAAACAGAUGGAACUUUACCACUCUUUGCCAUUUUUUUGCUUUUUACUUGGCAAGUGUUUUAAAAAAGGCCUGAAAGGAAAGGGGUUUGUACUGUUAAUUAAGCUAGCCUGUACAGUUGUGGCUUCCUUCAUUCUCUGCUGGCUGCCAUUCUGUACAGAAACGGAGCAAACGCUGCAGGUUCUAAGAAGACUCUUCCCAGUUGAUCGUGGAUUAUUUGAGGAUAAAGUAGCCAAUAUUUGGUGCAGCUUCAGUAUCUUUCUAAAGAUCAAGGAUAUUUGGCCACAUCACUUCCAGAUAAUAAUCAGCUUUUGUUUUACGUUUUUGAGCCUGCUUCCUGCAUGUAUAAAAUUAACACUUCAGCCCUCUUCCAAAGGAUUCAGAUUUACUCUGGUUAGCUGUGCACUAUCAUUCUUUUUAUUUUCCUUCCAAGUACAUGAAAAGUCCAUUCUCUUGGUAUCAUUACCAGUCUGCUUAGUUUUAAGUGAAAUUCCUUUUAUGUCUACCUGGUUUUUACUUGUGUCAACAUUUAGCAUGCUACCUCUUCUGUUGAAGGAUGGACUGCUAAUGCCCUUAGUUGUGACAACGAUGGCAUUUUUUAUAGCUUGUGCAACGUCCUUUUCAAUAUUUGAAAAGACUUCUGAAGAAGAACUUCAGUUGAAAUCCUUUUCCCUUUCUGUUAGGAAAUAUCUUCCAUAUUUUACAUUUCUUUCCAGAAUUAUACAAUAUUUGUUUCUUGUCUCAGUCAUCACUAUGGUACUCCUGACACUGAUGACAGUCACACUGGAUCCUCCUCAAAAAUUACCGGACUUAUUUUCUGUACUGGUUUGUUUUGUAUCCUGCUUGCAUUUCCUGUUCUUCUUGGUAUAUUUUAACAUUAUAAUCAUGUGGGAUUCCAAAGGUGGAAGAAAUCAGAAGAAAAUCAACUAGCUGUAUUUCCAAACACAUGUGAAAAUGUUUAAAGUACUUAAAGGUUUUCUGAACUUUCUGCUGUGUAUAAAUAAAAUUACCUUUUUGAGAAUCAUGGCAUUACAGGAGAAAGGUGGUGAAAAGUCAUUGUUGUCUAUAUAAAAUAAAUGUAUGUGGGGACCCAAAUCCAGUGGAGGCUUUUAUUUUCUAACUAUUGAGCGGCCAAGACAUACUGUAGUUCUGUAAUAUUCAGUUAUCCAAGUGGGAAAAUAAGAGAAAAUGCCGUUAAUCCCAGUGUUUACUCAGGAAAUCUACUCUACAGUUUGUUGUCUUAAAAAAAUCUGCAAAUCCAGUGAGCUUACUGGGAGAAUUUAGCCCUUCUUUUUAAAGGAAAUUACUAAUUUUGGUAUUUAAAUUUAAUUUUCCUUCCUUAGAAUGUAAGUAUUGUGUAUUUCAUUCUUAAGAAAUUAUAUCUCAGGGAUUAAAUUUGUGAUAAUCUUAUAAAUUACUGUGAUAAGGCAAUUUAAACUGCUUGAGGUUUGAACAUGCCUACCUAAUUACAUGUACAAAUCUGAAUUUCUUUUUAAGAGGCAGAAAGAUUAAACCAUGUUAUUUUUUUUUUCAAAAAUGCUGAUUUACUUAAAUGCAAUUUAACAGUGAAUUUUCUUGAAUUUAAAUCUAAGUGGUUUGUGUGAGGUCUUUUUAAUUACUCAUGAUCCCUAAUUCUAAACUUCUAGGAUCAUUCUGUUUAAGUUAAAUGGUCUUAUGCAGGGUUUCAUCCUUCUGAUCUUUUUUGUUGUUGUUGUUGUUAUGACAUGGUUCAAGAUGACCACUUCUAUAGCCUUGAUUCAUAUGACUUGGGUCUGUUAAUAAUGUAUCAUUCUAUGUUAGUAGAAGCUCAUCUUUACUAUCAUGUUCAAUUGGUAAAAAUAAUGUAUCAUAUUCACGUUAUGGUUUCUUAUGUAAAAUGUUCUCUUUCUGUGAUCAGAAUAAAACAAUUAUUUUCACAUCAA